AUGCGAGAGUCCUGGGCGGGUCCUUGUUGAGGCUGCAGAGGAGGAGGAGGAAGUCAAGAUGCUUGAUUUUGUGUACGGCCUUCCCUUCGUCGUGCUUGAGUUGCCGCGGCUCAAGCUGAAGAAGCCAUCAUGGGUCACAGUGCCCUCCCCCAUGACGGUGUUCGCCUUCAUCCUUCUCUCCUACUUUCUGGUGACCGGCGGCAUCAUCUAUGACGUGAUCGUGGAGCCUCCCAGCGUUGGCUCCACCACAGAUGAACAUGGACAUUCCCGCCCAGUCGCCUUCAUGGCCUACCGUGUGAAUGGCCAGUACAUCAUGGAGGGUCUGGCGUCCUCCUUCAUGUUUGCCCUGGGUGGCAUCGGCUUUAUCGUGCUGGACCAGACACACUCACCCUCCACGCCAAAGCUGAACCGCAUCCUCCUUAUCAUCAUUGGGUUCGCCUGCAUCAUCAUCUCUGCCAUCGCUUGCUACGCCUUCAUGAAAAUUAAGCUGCCAGGAUACCUUAUGAGCUGAGAAGUGGAUGAGAACAAGCCACCAUCACUUCUCUUCCAUGCAUCUGUGGCAGACCAGAUCAGUUUAGUUAUUUUGUUUUCAUGGUUGCUAUCUACCACCACCUGUUUUCCAUUCUUUUUUGCUCUCUUUUUCUUUACAAAUAAUACAGGACUGAAAAGAUGUGAUUUGUUGAGGUGCAGUGGGGUUCUAUUGUGCUAACUGUUUGUGAUAAUAAAAGGGGAAUUAAA